AUCAGCAUGCAAAAAAACACCCCCACACAGUCCUGCUUCCACCUGUUCAACACACACACACACACACACACACACACACACACACACACACACACACACACACACAUUAAUAUUACACUAUAUUUGGAUAUGAUAUUAAUCGCGAGCCGUCACUCACUCUGAAACACAGCGUGAGAAACAUCACACUCCGGAGAAGUCAUGUCAGUCAACUCCUCGUCCUCCUCUAACGCUUCCCUUCCUCUGUCUCCGCUCUCUUCCCUCUCCAACAUGUUUUCUCUCUUUCGAAGCUGCCUCAGAUCCACAGCUGGCACUUUUCACAUCAUCGCCUUAACCAUCAUCAAUGUCCUCCACCUCUCUCUCUACGUCUACGUCCUUUACCUGGGCCUCCAACGAUGGCGCCAACAGCGCUCCAACUCACGUCACUCUGAUGUCUUUACCUACCACAUGAUCGUCGCAGAGAUGAUGAGCGUCUUGGGGCUCAGCAUCAUGUUUUCUGGUGCCUUAACAGAUCUCCCACAGAUGAUGGUUGUGGGUACCUACCUUUUCUUCCUCAACUUGUUUGGAGAGAGGUUUUUUCACGUCCUGACCUGUGUGGAGCGCUACCUGGCUGUCGUUCACCCCGUCACCUACCUGAGCCUGAAGAAGGAGAAAUGGGUCAGAAACAGAAACAUCACCAUCGGCUGCAUUUGGCUAAUGUGCAUUGCAGGGACAGCUCUUAUCAACAUAGACACCACAUUCCUCAUCAUCCUUAAUUAUAGUGGCGGAUUUUUAAUCUUCAUUGUCAUCUCCUUCUGCAGCCUUUCAGUUCUCUGUGUUCUGAUUCGUCCAGGGCCAGGGGAAGGGGGCGGGGCCAGACAGCAGGUUGACCAAUCAAAGCUGAGGGCGUUCUACACCAUCAUGAUCAUACUGGGAGUGCUGCUGUUCAGAUUUGUGGGUAUGGUGACAUUCAGCGUACUGAUGAGCUUACCACAGCUGUCAGAGAAUCAUCGCUGUGCUUUGUGUUAUUCUGCAAACUGGUCCUGGCUGCCCAGCAGUCUGCUGUUACCUCUGCUCUUUCUACAAAGAGCAGGAAAACUGCCGUGUUGUCAGAAAAACAACAAAUAAAAAUGCUUGCUACUAAUACUCUGUUACCCUACACUUGUGGCAACAGACAGACAUAUUAUACAUCUUUUUUCAUAGAAAAUGAAAACAGAAAUAUACAACGGUUCAUCCUUUGAAAUCAAGUUUAUCUCAAGAGAAGCUGAAGGCUGAAAUAAGCAGCUUCUUCCAGCCCGCUGUGUCUUUUAUCAGAGCUGCUGUAAAUCGCCUCUGUUCUUUAUACCCUGCCACAAAAUUAAUCAUUCUCAGAGGUUGUUUUCAGUCCCAGUUUGGUGUCCAGCCAUGUUCGAUCUCAGGUGAUAAACUUGUCAUGCUGUGCUGACUCCCGCUUGUGACCCGAGGUCUCGCAAGUGGCUCCACCGAGCCAUGUCCUCUUUAUUUGUGGAGCAACCUUCCAAUUCUGCUUAUAUUUGUAACACAUUACACUGCUAGAGCUGCUAAGUUUAGCUUACACUGGGCAUAAACUAUAUCCAAUGACUAAUCUAAUUUAGUUAGAGAAAUGAUUUUCUCCUUGUCCUGAGAGGAUGUGUUGACAUACUACUGUAGGUGGAUAGACAUGCAUGAAAUAUAAGAUUAGAGCAGACAAACACACUGUUAAAACUGAUCCUCUUUUAUUAUUGUGGUUUUCAUUUUACAAAAGCUUAAAAGUUAGACACCACUGUUUAAACUACAAGGUUUGACGGACAUAUUUACGGCUGCUAUGCUAGUCUGAUAACGGUUUAGCUAACGGUCAGUUUCAUGUCAGUUUCU